GACAAUUGGUUUGGAGUAUUACACCAUGUGGCUGGAGAGCAUGAAUGGGCAGAUGGUGAGUGUAACCAUGGCCCAUUGGUAGAAACGGAAAAGGAAAAGCCCAUUCUGAACAAAAACUCAAAAGCCCUUGACGCAUUAAGGAAGAUUGUCACCGAUCCCAGGUUUCUGAAGACAUUGGAUCUGUAUGUGACAUUCAGGUAAAUGAUUGUUUCAUUGCUGUGCUCAGGAGCAAUAGUACUAUAUAUUACAAUAGAAACAUGCCUAUUGUACCAACUGGUGCCCCACCCCCAUUGUAUUGUACCUGCGAUAUAUAAGCUAAAACUAUUUAUGUUUUAGGCACACCAGCAAACUGGAAAACUUCAAUUCUAUGUUAUUGAAGUAUGCACCAAAAAGAGUUAGUUUUCAGUGAGUAUGAGCACUUUAUUUUAUGUUUUUUGAAGCAUCUAAAGAAAAAGUUAUUUAACUUAACCCAUUAAGCGCCAGCGCUCUCCCCUUGACGAGUAAACUCGUCUGUCGUUAGACAGAGUAAAAUACUAAAGUAGGGUGCAUCGAGAUGCAAUGCGACUCAAUGGGUAGACACAUGGGCCGAUACGCCAGUUAACGUAUUAAGCGCCAGCACUCUCCCCUUGACGAGUAAAAUCGUCUGGCAUUGGACAGAGUACAAUACUAAAGUAGGGUUCAUCGGGGUGCAAUGCGACUCAAUGGGUUAACCUAUUUAAUUGCCAUUUUGUACCCUGAAAUACCCCACUUUAUAAUUUUACUAUGUAUUGAAUGUCAGAUUAUUUACUCUGUCUAAUGCCAAUUGGGGAAAAAGGGAAGGUGCUGGCACUCAAUGGAUUAUCCAUUCCAAGUAAACUUGCCUGGCGAAAUACAAUGGAUGCAUGUACUCAUGUCAUCUUUCAUUCUACUGUAUAUUCUAAUACUCUUAUAUAUUUGCUAUCCUUCAUAGGAAUGAAGCUUAUUUGGCAACGACCCUAGUGGCUGUGAUCGAUCACAACAACAAUUUGGACAGGAAUCCCUUCCUAAGUUUGAGAGGCAUCCUAAAACACCACAAGGUUUACAGUAAGAGGUCAAAAAAUUGGAGAGUCCAAGUUGUUAAAGAGGAGAAAUCUUAUGACUUUUGGCCCACUCUUGUGUCCAGAAUCAUGAAAAAGAGGGUAGAUGAUGAAAAAACAGUUUUAAGAAAAAAUGAGAUGUCAAGUGAUCACCCCAAAACCAUUGCACCAUCAAUUGCAAUGAACCUGUACCAAAAACCAGUGAUCUGGUACAAAGAUCACUUUUCAGAUUUUCUACGAUUUCUUCUACUGAAUGACAUGCUAUGA